AUGAUCUAUCUCGAUCAUUUCAAAUUGAUGAUCAUUUUCUUAUCGAUUGGAGAAAUCGUCGGUGUUGUUUCAUUCAAUCAACCGAGAUUCAAUUCAUGCACAGCAUGGAAUGGCGAUGCAAUUACUUUUGCAGCAAAUGGUACACUCGGAAAUCGUCCAUCUGCCAUUUUUAUCGAUUCGAAUGAUGCAAUAUAUGGAGCGGAUGCAGACAAUAGUCAAAUCAUUAUUUGGUAUACUAAUAACACUAACAAAACGAUCACUAUGAAUAAUAGUUUAACAACUCCCAAUUCGGUAUUUGUUACAAAUCAACAACAGAUUUAUAUCAGUACGGACAAUACAACUGGUGACAUCAGACAAGUAUUGAAUACAGGUGCAACUUCAGUCGCAAUGCGAGUUGGUCAAAUCUGUUCUGAUAUCUUCAUAAGUUUGAAUAAUACAUUGUAUUGUUCAAUGCGGGAUUUUCAUCAGGUUGUGUCGAGAUCGUUAAACGAUUCAUCAGAGACGUUGACCAUUGUUGCUGGAACGCUUUGUAGCGGAUCAAAUCUAGAUCAGCUCUCUUCACCAAACGGAAUUUAUGUGACCGAUAAUUUUAGUUUAUAUGUGGCUGACAGUGGGAAUAACCGGAUUUUAUUUUUCUCAUCGGUUGUAACGAACGGGUCAUUUUAUAAUGAAAUCAAUGGAACAACUAUUACUUUUACAGGAAUUUCCGCACUUAAUAGUCCAACAGGAAUUAUGCUUGAUGGCGAUGGUAAUCUUUAUAUUGUUGACAGUGGAAAUAGCCGUAUCAUUAGAUCAGGACCUUCAGCGGCUCAAUGUUUAGUAGGAUGUUCUGGUUCAAGUGGAUCUUCAGUAUCUCAAUUAUCUGCUCCACAAUAUAUGGCAUUCGAUAGUAAUGGAAAUAUCUAUGUUACUGAUCAAAAUAAUGGUCGAAUUCAGAAGUUUGUUACAUUUGAUAGUUGUGUUACAACAAUGAUGAGCACAACGACAACCAUGACGGCAAAAGCAGGAUGUUUUCCUCCAACUGUGACACUCAUACCCAGUUCAUCAUCGAUAUCAUCUCCAAUACAAUUCCGUCGUGUGCAAGAUUUCACUAUAGUCUCAGUAAUACAGUUGAAUUGUAAUGAUAGUUUGUCGAUCAGUACCCAAUGGACAAUCAACAAUUGCAGUUCGUCAUGUAGAAAUCGAAUAUCUCUCGAUUCAUCUAUAACAACAACGGGGAGCGAAUUAUACAUACCUGGACGCAGUCUGCAAUACGGUUUAUAUCAAAUAAACCUAACAGUCACAAUGGCUCAAAUACCAAGCUUAACGGUAAUAUCGACUACUUAUGUUGAUAUAACUCCAUCAGGCAUAACAGCGAAUCUAAUUCCCUAUGGCACAUCAAUGAUCACUCGUGGAAAUCUUCAAGAUCUCAAAUUCGAUCCGGGGAGUUAUUCCGUUGAUCCCGAUGACGACAGUUUCGAUCCUUCUAUGUGGAACUAUUAUUAUUAUUGUCGAAUCUAUGGAGUAUCCAAGUUUCCUCGUUUCCUAAGUUCAUUGAUAACAAUUAAUGAUAUGAGAAAUGAUUCAUCGAAUCCAGCAUGUCUUAUAAAUCGAACAGGGUGGCGAUUCGACAACGCCAUGAAUUCAUCAUUCACAAUUCUCUCUGGUUCACUUCAGUCCAAUCGAACUUAUCAAUUUAUGGUUCAGAUGGGAAAUCGAAAAAAUUCAUCGCGACAAGCAACAGGUUAUCUUCUUGUUAAAACUGUUGAUACUCGUCCACAAAUGAUCCUUAUUGGUUGUGUUAUAUGGACAUUAUGUGCACCAAAUCAAGAAUUUCAAUUAGUUAAUCCUACAACACAAGUUGCAUUGUUUUCUGUUUGUUCAGGAAAUUGUAGUACAUUACAAAAUAUCAUAUGGAAUAUUUAUUAUGGUGAAAUGAAUUCUUCAUCAAAUUUUACUAAUUGGAUUUUAUCUAAUCUCACUACAACAUAUAAAAAUAUUUGGUUUUUUGGUGGCAAUUCCAGUAAUUUUACAGCAACAAGUGAAUUGUUUUUGAUGAAUCCUAGCAAAACUCUUUGGCGAUUUGAAGUUGUUUAUACAUUUCUAACAGAAAAAAGUUCAAGUUCAUUAAAUUUUAUAAUAAAUCAACCACCUACAAAUGGUUCAUGUUCAAUUAAUCCUUUAAAUGGAACAACAAGUACAAUAUUUCAUAUUUCAUGUCCAAAUUGGUUUGAUGAAGAUGGAAUUAAAGAUUAUACAAUUUAUGGUUGGACAAAUAAUAAAAAAGAAAAAAUGAUAAUUGGUUAUUCUGAAGUAUCAAUAUUUAAUGUUCAAUUACCAAUAGGAGAUAAUCAAACAUCAUUACUUCAUUUAUUUAUUGAUAUUCGUGAUGAAAUGAAUUGUAUAAAUGAAAUAAAUAUUUCAUCUGUUUAUAUUUUAUUUGAUAAUGAAGGAAUUGAUAAUUUAUUAAAUGAUAUUUCACAAUCAAAAGGAGAAAAUACAACAAAUUCAAUAAUUCAUUUACUUGCAAGUCAAAAUCAAAAUAUUGUUGGACAAAUUUUAACAUCUGUUUCACAACAAUUUAAUCAAAAAGGAAUAAAAGAUAUUGAAAAAGUUAUUUCAAAUGGUGUUCCAAUAGGAAGUAUUUCAAUUACAUCAUUAAAUUCUUUAAAUAAAAUUUCAACAACAAAUUCAUUUAAUGAAUCUGCAUUAAAAGAUUAUGAAAAAAAUUUAAAUUCUCGUGCAAAUGCUCGAGAUUAUUUAAUAACAUUUCUUCAAUCAAUUCUUAUAACAACAAUUAAUAGUAUUAAAUUACAAUCAUCAACUUUAUCACAAAUAACACAAUCAACAAAUGAAUUAACUCGAUCAACUUUAACAUUUGCAUCAAAUCGAUGUUUUCAAUUAUCUCAAAAAUUAUAUUUAAUGAGAGAAAAAGUUGCAUAUGAAGAUGUUGAAAUUGCAUCAAAUUCUCUUAUUCAAUGUGCAACAAAUCUUCUUAGUGCUGUAAAUGGUCCAUUACAACAACGAACAAAAAUUUUAGAAAUUGAUUCAUUUCGUGCAACAUCAUUUCCAGAAAAUUAUGAUACUGAUAUUGAAUAUGAAUGGGCAAAUUUAAAUUUAUUUGCUAAUGGAAAUGAUUUUUCAUGGGAAACAAUUGAAAAUAAUCGAAAUGAUUAUUAUCAAAGAAAAUUAUCAAAUGAAAUUACAAAUCAAAUGAAUGAAAUUAUUUCUCUUUUAACUUCAACAAUAAAUUUAAAUUUAAAUAUUGGACAAAAUUGUCAAAUUGAAACAUCACAAGUAAUUAUGUCAUUAGAAACAAAAUCAAAUGAAUUUUUUUCAAAUUCUUUUCAACAAUCAAUUGGAAAUGGUCAAAUAAAUCUUCCUUCAAAUUUUUCAUUUUAUUUAAAUGAAACAAAAAAAGUUUCAAUUCGAUCUUUAAUGAAUCCAUUAGCUUCAUUUGGAAAUUCCAAAAUAACAUCAAAUACAAAUGUUUCAAGAACAAUUACAUUUUCAAUUUUAGAUGAAAAUUCAUCAGAAAUUUCAAUAAAAACAAAUGAAAAUACAACAAUUGAACUUUUUAUUCCUCGUGAUCCUAAUUUAAUAAUUCCUUCAAUGAUUUAUCAAAAUGUCACAUCAAUGAAUUCAACACCACAUGAAUUUUUAUUUCAUUUUCAUUAUUUACCAAUCAAUUUUUCACUUUCAGUUUCAAUUCAUUGGGAAAUUAAAGUUUUACAAAGAAAUCUUUCUUAUUUAUUUAUUUAUCGAUUUGAUCAAAUGCCACAAUUAAAUAGUUCAAUCAAUCAAAUUGAUGGUUGGCAUAUUUUUUGUCCAUCAACAUUAAAUAAUGAAAAUAUUUAUCAAUAUUUUCUUAAUAAUCAACAAACAAUUGGUCAUGAAAUUCUUAUUUAUGGUAUUCGACAAUUAAAUUCAACAGAAAUUAAUGAAAGAUGUUCAAAUUCGAAAAGAAAUGAUCCACCAAUUACAGAUAUUCGAUAUAAUUUUACAAAUGAUUAUUUAUUACGAGUUUAUACAUCCGGUUGUUAUUAUUUGGAUUCGAAUAAUCAAUGGAAAUCAGAUGGAACGAUCGUUGGACCGUUGACAAAUUAUUCUCAUACACAAUGUUUUACAAAUCAUUUAACAACUUUUGCAGGUGGUUUUCUUGUUUUACCGAAUUCAAUGAAUUGGAAUUACGUUUUUUCCAAUGCGGAUUUUCUGAAAAAUAAAACAAUUUAUCUCACAGUUAUUUGUGUUUCGGUGAUUUAUUUCAUUUUAUUAAUUUAUGCGAGAUUUUAUGAUAAAAAAGAUUUGGAGAAAUUAGGUGUGACAGUUUUACCCGAUAAUCAUAAAAAUGACGAAUAUUUCUAUGAAAUUAUUGUUUUUACCGGUCAACGAAAGAGUUCGGGAACGAAAUCCAAUGUUUAUUUUGUUCUUCAUGGAAAUGAUGAUGAAACAAAUAUUCGAACAUUUGCAGAUCCAAAUCGUGAAAUUCUUCAACGUGGUGGAAUUGAUGCAUUUCUCAUGAGUGUUCCGAAAUCUCUUGGUUUAUUAAAUUGUAUUCGUAUUUGGCAUAAUAAUUCAGGUAAAGGAUCGUCUUCAUCAUGGUUUUUAAAAUAUUUAAUUAUUCGUGAUUUACAAACAAUGGAAACAUUUCAUUUUAUUUGUCAAAAAUGGUUGGCAGUCGAAGAAGAUGAUGGAAAAAUUGAACGACUUUUACCGGUUGCGAGUGAUCUGGAAAAACAGCAAUUUGCACAUCUCUUAGCAAAACGAACUUACCAUAGUGUUUCCGAUGGUCAUUUAUGGUUUUCAAUCUUUUCUCGUCCACCAUCAAAUCAAUUUACACGUGUUCAACGAUGUACAUGUUGUUUUGUUCUGUUCUUUUUCUCAAUGUUUUUAAAUAUUAUGUAUUAUGAUUUAUCAACUGAAGCCAAAUCAACAAAUUCAUCCACUAGUGUUAGUUUAUCUUUUGCUGGUCUUUAUAUCACAAGUGAACAAAUAAGCAUUGGAAUAAUUGUGGAAAUUUUUGCAUUUCUUCCAAGUUUAUUUCUUAUACAAUUAUUUCGACGUCUUCGUCCUCGUCGACCUCAACAAUCACCAUUACGUAAAGCUUUAUAUAAAGUUCGACCAAAAACACAAAGCGAAAAUGAUACAAUUGAUAUGAAGAUGAUGCAGAUGAAGAAGAAGAAGAAGAAAUCAACAUUGAUGUUUCCUUGGUGGUGUAUUUUUAUUGGUUAUGGAUUAUGUUUAAUCAUUGUUGGUGUUUCAAUUUUAUUUAUAAUCGCUCGUGGAAUUGAAUUUGGUGAUUUAAAAAGUCAAAAAUGGUUAACAUCAAUUCUCACUGGAUUUUUCUCAUCAAUUUUAUUUAUUCAACCAAUUAAAAUCGUUGUAUUGGCGAUAUUCUUUGCAUGUUUUUGUUCAAAAUCAAAUGAUGAAAAUAGAGAAGCAAAUGAAUGGUUAGAUGAUAAUUGUGUUGAUUUGAAUUGUGAUGAAGAAUAUCUUCAUGAAAAUAAGGAUGAAAAUUUAUUUACAUAUCGAAAUCCAAUUCGUGCAAAUCGUUUAACAGAAAAUGAAGUAAUAAGUUUACGUGAAGAACGUUUAAAAGAAAUCGAAAUGUGGUCAAUGAUUCGAGAAAUUGUUAUUUAUAUAAUAUUUCUUAUUUUCUUAUUUAUUGUUGUUUAUUCUAAUCGAGAUUCCAAUUCAUUUUUACAAGUAAAUCAUUUACGAAAAUACUUUCUCAAUACUCGACAAGAAAAUUUUGAUUUUACAAAAAUUUCAACAGUUGAUGAUUAUUGGAAUUGGUUAGAAAAAAGUUUUAUUAAAAAUCUUCGUGCACAAAAAUGGUAUAAUGAUGAUCCACCUCGAAAUUUAAGUGGAUUUAUUAAUGAUAAAUCUUCACGAUUAAUUGGUUGGGCAACAAUGAGACAAUUACGAGUCAAAUCUGAAUUAUGUAUUAAAAGAAAUUUUAUUGAAUCAAAUUGUUUAUUUGAUUAUAAUUUUUUAAAUGAAGAUAAAAUUUCAUAUAAACCAGGAUGGACAAAUGUAACAUUAACAAAUUCAAUAAAUUCAUUUCUUUUGAAAUCAUUUCAAUAUCAAUCAAAUGAAACAUUAGAUACAUAUAUUUAUUAUGGAAAUCAUGGAAUAUAUGGAAAAGGUGGUUAUAUUUAUGAAUUUCGUGGAAAUUUAUUAUCAUUACAAACAAAUCUUUCUCAACUUCAUCAAAAUCAAUGGAUUGAUAAUCGAACACGUGCAAUAAUUAUACAAUUAACUUUAUAUAAUCCAAAUGUUCAAUUAUUUACAUCAAUAACAUUUUUAACUGAAUUUUUAUCAUCAAGUGGUGUUUAUCCAUCAGCUCGAUUUGAACCAAUUCAUUUUCAAAUUUUUUCAUCAAUUUUUGAAUUAAUUUCUACAAUUUUUUAUUUAAUUUUAAUUAUUUAUUUUAUGUUUAUUGAAUUACGAUUGAUGUUUAAUUUACAAUUCAAAUAUUUCCUUCGAUUUUGGUCUUUUAUUGAAAUUGGAAUAAUUAUUUGUUCAUGGACAAGUCUUUUGAUUUAUAUUUGGCGUUAUCGAGAAUGUCAAAGAAUUGAAAAUUUAUUUGAAAAAACCAAUGGAUUUAAUUUUAUUAAUUUACAAUUUACUUCAUUUAUUAAUGAUAUUUUAAAUUCUCUUUUAAGUUUUUUAUGUUUUUUUGGAACAAUUAAAUUAGUUAAAUUAUGUCGUUUUAAUCAACGUCUUUAUUUAUUUAUUUCAACACUUCAAUAUUCAGGCAAAGAAUUAUUAUCAUUUUCAUUUAUGUUUAUAAUUGUAUUUAUGUCAUUUUUAUGUUUAUUUUAUUUUUUAUUUAUAUCAAAAUUACCACAAUGUUCAAAUUUAUUAGGAACAGCACAAAUGUUAUUUGAAAUGAUGUUAAUGAAAUUUGAUGCACAUCAAUUGAAUGAUGCAGAUGCUUUUCUUGGACCCUUUUCUUUCAGUUUAUUUAUUAUCUUUGUUGUUUUUAUUUGUAUGAGUAUGUUUUUUUCAAUUAUUGGAGAUAAUUUUCGAUUAGCAAGAGAAAAUAUCAAUCAAACUAAUCGACAUUUAUAUUCAUAUGCAUUCAAAACAUUAAUUCAAUGGACAGGACUGAAGAAAUCGAAUGGUGAAGAGAUUUAUGUAAAGAAAGAUGAACGAAUGCGUUCGGAAUAUCGUAAUCCAAUUGAUCAAUUACCAGAGAAAGUAGAUCAAUUACUUAAUGCAUUAAACAGUAUUUAUGUCAAUCAAUCCAAAGAUAAACUCAAACUCAAGACACUUUAA